AUGCUCCACGACCAGCCCGCCGUCACUGCCAUCCGCAGCCCAAAGAGAUCCGUGCAUUCUCAAGACCCCGCACCGCACACCAAGGCGGCCAAGCUGCCUGCUGACGACAAGGUCGUAUUUUGUGCCAAGAUCCACCGUAUGACACUCUUCCUCUGUGAGAGAGAAGCAAAGGAGGCAGCCAGGAAGGUCCACAGCGGCGUGGCUGGCGGUACUGCAGCGCCUCCUCCCACACCGGCUGCAGGUGUCGGCAGUGCGCCCAUCACUACUGACGGCAUGUUUACUGUCGAGGCCAUGACGGCCUGCCUGGGCUAUGCCACCGUCACCAGCACGCUUCGUCCGUCCGCCGCCACUCCCACAGACACGACCACCUCACCAGCCGGCUCGUCCGAGGUUCCCGCCAGCAACAAGACCACCACCGGUGAGGACUGGGGCUUUGGCUUCAACGGCUGUCCGCACCCAGACCCCACCGCCGUCCACACGCCUCUCAGUGCCAAGCCGGCCAGGCGCGUAGAUUCCAUGUACGAGAUGGACGACGACGUCUACACUGACGACGACUACUCGGAUGACUGCGAUGAAGACGACUCCGAUGACGCACACACCAGCCACGGUGAGGGCAGUGAGCGGGGUCGUUCCAGGCUCGUCGACGGCUCGCGCGUUCGCAAGCAGGUGUGGGCUAGCGGUGGUUGA